AUGGCAUCUACAAGCAGGCGAGAUGACUACGCCAAUCCUCCCUUGCCUGACGACGACAUGAUCGACCCCGACGAUGCUGAUCUUGACGACUUUGACGACCCUCUCGGCAACACAUCGUCGCGGCAACCGCUGACAGGCAACAUCGGCUCGAGCUCCUCGUCGCGGCCGAUUAAUGAGAACGCCUGGACCUCCAGGAUACCUGGCGAAGACCGCGCUGCGCCUCAAAACACAAUCGACGAGUCGGUCUGGGACACCCUCCGCCGUGACCUGCUCGCUGUCUGGGCUAAGAUGAGGGAGGUUCUGUACCCCAAAUACCUACUUGGGGGAACCAUGUUCGAUGCUGAUGGAAUCCGGGGCGCAUACGCGAACAUUCGUGGGGCUGGGCUGUCCGGCGCCCGCGAGGAGAUCACCGGUUUGGCCAGUCGCUUCAUGGAUUCGGAGGCGCUUCUGUCGCAGAACAACAUGACGCCGGGCCUACGUGACUGGGAUCUUUGGGGUCCUCUCAUAUUCUGUCUACUCCUCAGUCUUCUUCUAAGUUUCAACGCACGAGCCGACCAAAAGGACGUUGUAUUCAGUGGGGUCUUUGCCAUGAUCUGGAUCGGAGAGGCAGUUGUGACGCUGCAGAUCAAGCUGCUGGGAGGCAGCAUCUCCUUCGCUCAAAGCGUCUGCAUCAUCGGAUACACUUUGUUUCCCUUGGUAAUCGCGGCGCUCCUCUCGGCCUUUGGCAUUCCCACUGUCGCCCGUGUUCCUGUGUACCUGUUUCUUGUCGCAUGGUCUUUGGCCGCUGGCGUAAGCAUUUUGGGCGGCAGCGGCGUGGUGAAGAACCGAGUUGGCAUCGCGCUGAACUUCUUCGACCACGACUCCCCCCAAAAGCCCAGUUGCGCCGACCACCCAACGACAUACCUCUCAUCUUUUAGAGAGGACCCACUACUUAUUUUUCUGCCUCCUGUGUGGCUCCUCAAAUUGUUACCUGCCAGUAAUUUCGGCGCUUGGCUGCUUACCACCGCCUCGCUCUACCAUCUGCAAAGUCGGGCAGAAGAAACCUCUACAUCACUUGACGACGACACCGACGACAACGAAACCGCUUUGCCUUACCAACUUAUCGCAAUGGCCGACGACUCUCAGCCCGGCAGUCCAAGGUCCGACCCGAUCGACGCAAAGGAGGACGCCGAAACCGCUGCUGCCCGCAAGGAACUGAAGCAUACGGCUAUUUCAGAGAAGCCUUUCGCGGAUGGCCCCACCGCCGAGACCACACCCUCCGGGUCGCAAAACGAGGACCAUAAGGAGCGCGUCUCGUCACCAAAGAAGAAGCGGGCGCAUGACCAGUUAGACGAAGACAACGACGUUGAUGAGGCUGACGACAAGAGCGUUGUCUCGAGUGACUCGGCUAAGGACAGGGCUUCGCGAUUGGAGCCCGAGAAGAAGAGACACAGAGACGAGGUUGCCACCCAUACUGACACUGCGGGCGAUAUUUCCGCGCCGCCAGCUGCCGCCGUCGACAAGAAGACGCAGGAAAACGUCAGAAACGAAGGCACAUCUGCGACAUCACAAGACUCUGCCAAGGACGAGAAGAAGGGAGCGUCGACCUCUGCUUUUGCUAGCUCAGGCUUUGCCAAACUGGCUGCCUCGAGUGCAUCCCCGUUCGGUUCGUUGGGAAAUGGGGCCAAGGGGAGCGUCUUCGGCGGCUCAGCAUCAAACACCUCGCCCUUUGGCGGCCCGUCGCCUUCCAAGCCUGCCGCCGCCUCCCCUGCCCCUACACCCACUCUAAGUUUUGGCGGUGCAGGCGGAGCAUCUUCGCCCUUCGCCAGCGUUAAGCCUACUGGCACGAAUGGCGGUUUUGGCUCUGCCUUUGGCAGUGCCUUUGGCGGCGGCCUGGGCAGCAAGCCCCUCACCAGCUUUUCCAAAACGGGCGAGUCUUCAUUCAAAACCGAAAGAGCAGCCAAACCAUUCGGCGCGCCCGAUAGCGACGCCGAAGAGGGCGCCGACGAUGACGCCGACGAUGACGCCGAGGCUGUUUCUGAAUCUGGCGACAAGGAGGAAAGAGAAGAGUCCGACAAGGAGGAAUCCAAGGCCGUGGAGGAUAAGAAAAGAACCAGGCUGCAGAAGAUCACUGUCGACGAUGGCGAGGCCGGUGAGGCGACCGUGCUCCAGGUCAGAGCCAAGAUAUUCUAUUUGGAAAAAGAAGUCGGCUGGAAGGAGCGUGGAUCUGGCAUGCUCAAAAUCAACGUACCCGAGGCGUGUGUUCAGUUUGACGACGCUGGACUGCCGAUACCUGGCUCUUUUGACGCAUCGGGGCUGGAAGAGGACCCCGAGGCCGGUGACAGCAGCGGUCACAAGGUGGUUCGUCUCAUCAUGAGACAGGACCAAACACACAGAAUUCUUCUGAACACGGUCAUCCUUCCCGCUAUGCAGUUCCAGGAGAAGGCGACGUUGAAGUCUGUCGGUGUCAUGUUCACGGCCUUCGAAGGUGCGGAGGCCAAGCCUGUAAGCGUUCAUGUCAGGAUGAGCGCUGCUAGUGCAAAGUCAUUCCUUAAUGAGGUGGGAAUGGUACAGAGAGAGCUCUCAGGAAACUGA